CCUCGUUUUUCUUUCGUCCCCCGUCAGUCAUCCCCUUGUCGUCCGUCAGUUUCCCAUUCAGCCCAGGAGGCGCUCUCCUGCUCGCCCUCCUGCUUGCCCUCCCUUCCCUUCCCUGCUCGUACCUCACCGAACCCUUCCCUCUUCUUGCCUUGCCUCGCCACACUGCUUUUCCAACCAUGGCCGCCGCGAAUCACGCUCGUCGGGUUUCAUAGGCGUUUAUUUCUAGUGGUUCUGCUUCCGCAUCCACGAUGUCCGUCCCGAAAGGAGGGACGUUGAGGAUCCGGGAGGUGUGGGCGGAUAACCUGGAGGAGGAGUUCGAGAUGAUUCGCGAGAUUGUGGAUGAGUAUCCUUACGUGGCCAUGGAUACGGAGUUUCCGGGGGUUGUGGUUAGGCCAGUCGGGACGUUUCGCAGCAGCGCGGAGUAUCAUUACCAGACCUUGCGUGUGAACGUGGACAUGCUGAAGCUUAUUCAGUUAGGGUUGACGUUCACUAACGAGGAUGGUAUGCUGCCUCAUUUUGGCCAGAACGAGUACUGCGUCUGGCAGUUUAAUUUCCGGGAGUUUAAUCUUACAGAGGACAUUUACGCGCAGGACUCGAUUGAGCUGUUGAAGCAGAGCGGCAUCGAUUUCAACAUGAAUCAGGAGAGGGGAAUUGACUCGUUCCGUUUCGGGGAGCUCAUGAUUCCGUCAGGCGUCGUCCUUAACGAGAACGUGAACUGGAUAACGUUCCACAGCGGCUACGAUUUCGGGUACCUUCUCAAGGUGCUGACGUGUCAGAACCUGCCGAGCAACGAAGCAGAUUUCUUCAACCUCCUACGCACUUACUUUCCUACUAUCUACGACAUCAAGUACCUGAUGAAGUUCUGUGAUAAUCUUCAUGGCGGCCUCAACCGCCUGGCGGAAACCCUAGAGGUGGAGCGGAUUGGUCCUCAGCAUCAAGCAGGGUCGGACAGUUUGUUGACGUCAGCAGCUUUCAGAAAGCUAAGACAGGGGUUUUUCAAUGGCUCAGCUGAGAAAUAUGCAGGCGUUUUGUAUGGUCUUGGAGUUGAUUGUGAGCAGUAAUUCAUUCUCUCAUGCCAAGGUGGAUAAUUCGAUUGGAAAACACGAGAAAUCAUCCAGACCGUUC